AUGGAACUGGCGCUGCUACCCAUAAUGUAUUUAUGUGGGUUAACGUGCCACCCAGCACAAAGCACAAAGACUCUAGCCACCCAGCACAAAGACACUCUAGCCACCCAGCACAAAGACACUCUAGCCACCCAGCACAAAGACACUCUAGCCACCCAGCCCACCCAGCACAAAGACACUCUAGCCACCCAGCACAAAGACACUCUAGCCACCCAGCGCAAAGACACUCUAGCCACCCAGCGCAAAGACACUCUAGCCACCCAGCGCAAAGACACUCUAGCCACCCAGCGCACAAAGACACUCUAG